AUGGAUUUAGAAUUUUCAACAAAUAUAUUAGAUACACCAUCAUUAAUAACACCAAAUAUUAGUUUAAAUCCACUUAUAUAUAAAAUUUCACAUACACCUACAAUAGUUGAUGUAAACAACGAGGAUAAUCAUGAUUUAAGUACUAACCCACCUUCUAUAAUAACAACAACAAUAACAAAUAAUGAAUCAUUAUCUACAUCGUCCAAUGACAUAAAAUUAUCGAAAAUAGAAGAUGACCUUAAACGAACUUUUACUCAGCCACGUAAACCAACUGAAUCACUUUUUCAAAAAAUGGCAAAAGCUGGAGUCUUGUCAAUGGAAAACGUUUCUAUACCUUCUAACAUUGACGACGGUAUACCUGUUGACGUACCAUCUACAGCAGAGGUUAUGAAUGAUCUAGAAUCAUUUUCCAAAUAUUCAACACAAGAUAAUAUAGAACGCGAAACGGCGUCACUACUAACUAGUGAUAAUAAUAAUCAUUUUGAUACAUCAUCAUCAUCAUCAUUACAUACUAUGGGUGUUGUUGUUGCACCAAAAAAGAAAUUACUUCAAAGAACUCAAUCUCGUACUGAACCAACAUCACCAACAUCAAUUACAAAUAAUCAUUUUUCUCAAUCACACAAAACUGAUCUUAAUGAUAUAAGUUCAAUCGAUGAUGAUCAUCAAUUAUCUAAUAAUAAUGAUUUUCAACGUCUACAUGAUAUGCCUCUAUUAAUACAUACUAUUGAUUCACAUCCACAAUUAGAUAAUAAUUUAAAACCACCUUAUACAAUACAAUUAAAAACAGAUCAAAAUGGAGUACAUCCAACAAUUAUUAAACAACAACCAAUGACACCCACUAAUAAACGAACAUUUCAACAGACUAUUGUUGGUGGAUCAAUACCAAAAGCUAAUUCAAUUCUUAUUUCUCAACAACCAAUUAUAAAUGAAGCUACAUCAAGUAAUCAAUUAUUAAAUAUAAAACGACAAAAAACGAUUCCAAUACAAACCAAUACUCUAAAUAUAAAUUCAUCAUUUCCAUCAUCAUCAUCAACAACAACAACACCAACAACACCACCAUAUGAUAAUAAUAAUAAUGUUGGAUCGGAUGAUCAACGUAAAAAACAAAUACGUGAUAGUAAUCGUGAAGCAGCAAGACGUUGUCGUGAACGUCGUCGACAUUAUAUUGAACAACUUGAAGGAAAUUUAGAACAAUGUAAACAACAAAUCAAACAAUUAAAUGAAAAAUUAUCUCAUGCUGAACGUGAAAAUACACAAUUACGUGCUAUUUUAACUGAAACAAAAAGAUUUCAUUCAACAUCAUGUUUACCAUCAAAUGAAUCAAUGUUAGAUUUUGUUAAUGUUAUAACAACGAAUGGAAUUGAAAUUAAUUCAGAUUCAACUGAUGGAAAUAUAAUACCAAGAAAUUAUUUUCCUAGAAAUACACAUUAA